UCUCCUCAUCUUCACCUCCUUCAUUCCCUGUUUGCCUCUGGUGGAAGGAUGCUGUCCUGCAGACUUGUGGGUCUGCUGGGACUCAUCGUGCUCUGCAAAGGUCAGGAGCAGAGUGGGGGGGGCGAGCCCUGCGACAGCUUCACAGACCUCAACCUGUCCCACUGCUUCAUGGGAACCAGUCUGUACGUGCGGCUGCUGCUCUACACCCGAGCCAACCUGGACUGUGGCCGUGAGAUCAACCACCAGCACCUGGCCUCCCAGCCGCUCUUCAACCUCUCCCGUCCCACGGCCUUCGUCAUCCACGGCUACCGGCCCACCGGAGCCCCCCCCAUCUGGAUCGACCACCUGGUCCGCCUGCUGGCCGAGCAGCAGGACAUGAACGUGAUCGUGGUGGACUGGAACAAGGGGGCGGCGAACCUCAACUACUUCACCGCCGUGGCCUACACGAGGGAGGCGGCACACAACCUGACCGGGUUCAUCAUGACCAUGGAGGAGGAAGGAGCCUCUCUGAGUUCAGUCCACCUCAUCGGCGUCAGCCUGGGAGCUCACCUGGCCGGAUUCGUGGGAGCGAACCUGGAGGGAAGGAUCGGACGCAUCACAGGUCUGGACCCGGCCGGGCCGAUGUUCACCAGCGCCGCCCUGGAGCAGAGGCUGGAUCCCUCCGACGCCAUGUUCGUGGACGUUCUUCACACCGACAUGAACUCCUUCGGUCUGAGAGGAGCUCACGGUCACAUCGAUUUCUACGCCAACGGUGGAGCCGACCAACCAGGAUGCCCCAAAACCAUCUUUGCAGGUAAAUCUUACUUUGUGUGUGACCACCAGCGCUCGGUGUUCCUGUACCUGUGCGCUCUGAACCGAACCUGCAGCCUCACCGGGUACCCCUGCUCGUCCUACAGCGACUUCCUGGACGGGAGGUGUCUGCAGUGCGAGGCCUUCAAACCGGCGUCCUGCCCCGUCCUCGGUUACGACUUCAGCCGCUGGACGGAGGCUCUGCUGCGACUCGGACAAACCAGAGUCUUCUUCAGCACCACGGCGUCACUGCCCUACAGGAAGCUGAGCUACAGAGUGGACAUGGUCACCUGGAACCAGUACCUGCGCUGGGGGGUGGUCUACAUCCGGCUGCACAGCGGCAGGAGCUUCACCGAGGCUCGAAUAGACCAUAAGCUGUACCGGCUGGAGCAGUACACCUCCACCCGCCUGCUGGCCCAGUUCGAUGAGGAUCUGCAGCCGGUCCAGAAGAUCUCGAUCCGCAUCAACACCGGCAACGUGAUCGGACCUCGGUACAAAAUCCGCCUGCUGCGGAUCCGCUUCACGCCUCUGGAUCAACCCGAGAGGCCUUUGAUCUGUCGUUUUGACAUCAUCAUGGAGGAGAACAUGGAGGUGGCCUUUCGACCUCUGCCCUGUGACUCUCGCCUCUGACGCCCUCAACACAAACUCUUUCUACCGUAACACAUCUCCAUUCACCCCUGAACCUUCUGGAGGAAACUCAGACGUCCCCUGGGUGCUGUGGGGGGGCCCCGGCCCCAGGUGGACCCCCGGGGGACCCACAG